UUGAGGCUAGGGCCGGUUUUAAUAUUGAUUUGAUCGACUGCGACCUGCCACAGGCGGCAAACAAGACGGCAGCCCAAAACCGACCACAACCAUCAAAGCUUCCACAACCAAUUCAUGGACAACGCAUCAAUACUCAGCGACCGCUACACCUACAAAUCGCGCAUUUCUUGCACCCAGCGAAAGGAUAAACACAUGCCGUAUUUUUAACCCGUUUUCUCCAUCCGCCGCCGACUCAUUCCACCAUUUUUGUUGCGUUCCCAUCCGAGAGAGAGCGACUUGGAUUCAAAAGCAGCGCAAGCCACACUCCCGCACCUUCUGACCGCAUCUCAUCGAGACACCGCAAGCUUAACUCAACGCCCACCCACCGGGGACAAACUACCUGGCCCAUCGCAUGCAGGCCGCCUCUCAGUCUUGAGCUGAUGGUCGUUGCAUAAUAAUAUAUUGACAUGGCUGAACGGUACUCGGCAGAGUUUCUGCUACAUUUACGCGAGUCGCCGCUAUGCGUCAAACCUCCGAAUCUGCCCCCUCCUGAGGAGUGGAUGGGGCCCCCUCCAGAGACAUUCCGCACCCAGCAAAAGACAGCCAACGGCCAGAAGCCUGGAGAAGGCGGUGCGCUCCUGAACCAAGAGAACAGGCGCCCACCCCACGACCGCAAUGGGUCUAGAAAUGCAUCCAACCCCGAUGAAUUCAUCCUUGGUCCGCCGCGGACCAGCUUCGCAUCUGCAUCUGCAACUUCAAUGCGCGGUGUUCGAAAUAGUGACGUCGAGAAGGGAUUCCGGGGCCAGGAGCGACAGGAUCGUACCGACCGCUUCGCCUUCCGCGACCGCGCCAACGACUCGGAUAGCCGAAACAAUGCCUCCCGGCGGCAGCCCGGCCAAGGCCAAGACGGCGAAGGAUGGAACACCGUGCCGCCGCGCAAGAGUUUUGGCCACGAGGGCGCCGAGCGCUUCCACGGCCGCAUGGGCGGCGUCGGCAAUGACCGCUUCGGCCAGCGGGACGACACCCGUCGGCUGCGGGACCGAGACGACCGGGAGGGCGGAGAUCUCCGCCGCAACCGCGAAUUCGAGCGUCGUUCGCGGGACCAAGAAGGCGAUGACUCCGAAACCCCGCGCAAGAAUGGACUAGGUCGUGGCAAGUCGGAAUCCUGGUUCAGGGAGAAUGCGGCGGGUGGCAGCUCUGAUGCCCCUCCCAAGUCCCAGCGGGAGCGCAUCGAGAAGGCCAAGAGCUGGCGCGACCGGGACCCGGAAGACAACAACAAAACCAACGACAGGUAUGGCGACCGUAAUGACCGAAACUUUGAGCGAAGGUGGGAUCGCGAUCGCCAUGCCCGUGUCGAGAACGACCCCGAGUGGCUAGACGAGCCCCUCGAGGACAAGGCCCAGGGCCACACGGAAGAGGACUUUAAAAAGUUCAUGGAGACCAUGAAAGCGGGCAGAGGAGGCGGUGCCCCGAAACAAGACGAGAAGCCCAGCAUGCUCUUGGAUCAACCACCGGUUACCGCAGCUGCCGCAACUGUGGAAGUCGAGCACAAGGUUGUCUCGGCGCCUGCCACCGAGCAGGCCCCAGACAAGUUCUUUGCCGCCUACGGGAGUUCUGGUCUCGAUGGCGGGACGCCCAUUGCCGAGGUGAAGGAUGCGGCUAAACCAAGGACCGGCAAGUCUUCGAGGUUCAUGGCGUUCCUAAACCCUCAAGAGGAUAGCCGAGCGAAGACCGAACCGCCUACCCCUGCACCAGCAGUCCAGCCAGGCGACCGACCUGGCCCGGCUCACCAGAGCGAGGCCGAGAAGGAAGCCUUUGCCCUGCUUAUUUCUAAGCUCCACAUGUCGGGGCUCGGGCCGGCCUUGGAAUCGAGCGCGCCACCAUCGCAGACAACCCCCGGCAGAUAUCCCGAAACAUCCCCCUUCCAAGAGAUGCAGCAGAAGAGCGCUGUCACUUCCCCGGAACCAUUCCAGCAGUACGGCAAUAACGAUAGGCGCGAAGAUCCACGCAUACGUAGCUCGCAACACUCACUCCACGAUAUUAUCUCCCCUCGACCGGUUGGGCUCCCAAUGCCACCACCUGUUUCCCGGCCGGAGCAAGCCUUGCAAGAUCUCCUCGCCCAGCGCCACCAUCUUCCCAACCAACAACUCGCGCGCGCAGAGCAACAAAAUAUGACGGCCGUCAACCGAAACCGAGAAUUUUUGGUGGGCCUCAUGCAAGGCCGCCGCGAGACGCCUGAGCCACCACGCAACGAGCAGCUUCUGCUCCGCAUGCCGCAGCCGACCAAGCAGGUACCGCUCGCCAACAUGCCGGACCGCGAGCAAGAAUACCCCCGUGAGCGGAGCUCCUCCCAGCGCCAGCAGAUGCGCGGCCCGCCGGGCUUCCUCGACGAGAGCCAGUUCCACCCAGGAGAGGUCGACGGCCGCCCGCCCCCGCAGCCGACGCAGAUUCUGCAGCGUCCCCCCCCUCCCCCGGGCCUCGAUCACCAGAUGCACCCCUUCCACAUGGGCGGAGUCAACCCCGCCGUCGCAGCCGCAGCAGCUGCCGCCGGCCAGAUGCCCCCACAGCGGCCCAUGAUCCCGCCCCCGGGGCUGAUGAACAACGGACCCCGCAACGUGCCCAUGCCGGGCAUGUUCCCGCCCAACUUCCCGCAUACGCACGGCCACGGCGGUCCGGGUAGCUUUCCCCCAGGGCCCCCUCCUCAUGGCGGCGGCCCUCCGCCACCGGAUGGCAUGGGUGGCCCAUCUUCCGGUCCCCCGCGUCCGAUGCAGCCGCCACCGGGAUUCUAUGGCGGCCCGCCCCCGCCGGGUUUCAUGCCCCCUCCCGGGAUGGGGGGCGGAGGUGGCUUCCAGGGUCCGGAUGGGCCCCAGCCGCGUAACGCAGGACCUGGCCCCGGACUUGGUGGUCAUAGCGGUAUCGGCGGGUACGGUGGACCGCCGGGUAUGUUUGACGGGCUGGAGCGCAUGAACGGCCUCGACCGGCGCGGCAUGAUGCCUCCUCCCGGCGGGUACAGAGGUCCCUGAGCGAGUGGUUGAUAUCAAUGAACCCACACAAUUAAGUCCGGCUUUGACGGACGGACCCACGGACAGACGAACGGACCAAAUGAUGGACGGGUGAGUGGGGUUGGUAAUGAAGUAGCUCCCGGUCCGUUUUAUUCGCAAAAUACCUUUCUUGUUAUUAGGCCACGGCCGGUCGGGCUGGGGUUGG